CGUUUAAAAGAGACGGAGGGAGUAGUGGUUUCCUCUUCCGCUCACAGAACAUACAAACCAACGGAUACUCACCGCACUUGCCGACUCGGAAAUACGAUCGGAAACCCUAACGCAUCCCUAUUCCGUUCGACGGUAGCGUCAUCGCCGUCUCCGUUUUCACUAAGGCCGUCAAGGUAUAUUCUUACAUCAGUCAGAGGCCGUUGCUGUUGAAUUUGAUGAGGAAAUUCACAAAUGAAAGAAAUUUGGUGAGACUGGCCAAGACUAGAUUUGCAACGACUUUCUUAACUUUGCAUAGUUUUUACUUGCAAAAGAAAAACUUGAGAAAGCUAGUUCUUUCAAAUGAAUGGAAAGAUAAUAGAUAUGCAAAGGAAGCUGCGGGGAAAGAAACUGCCAAAGUUCUUAUUUCUCCAUCAUUCUGGAAUGACGUUGUUCGGGCUCUUAAAGUUGGUGGUCCUUUGAUUAGGGUGCUUCGUAUGGUGGAUGGGGAGAGAAAACCACCAAUGGGCUAUCUUUAUGAAGCUAUGGAUAGAGCCAAAGAGACUAUUGCAGCGUCAUUUGAGGGAGAUGUUAGGAAAUAUGAGAAAGUUUUUGAGAUUAUUGAUAGUAGGUGGUCGAAUCAACUCCAUCGACCUUUGCAUGCAGCAUGCCAUCUUCUGAACCAGGGAUUAUUUUACAAGAACACUAGAGAUGAAGCUUUGGAUUCAGAGGUGUGAAUUGGAUACCAUGAAUGUCUUGAGAAGUUGAUCCCCAAUUCAGCGACGGUAGAUCAAAUAGGGGAGGAGUUAGGUAGGUACUUACAAGCAGAGGGCCUAUUUGGUUUACAGGCGACCAUUAGAGCCAGAGACAUAAGGU